CUGGGAGCUGUGGGCUCGGUGACGUCAUUCUCGAUGUGUUGGAAGCGGAUCCGCGCAGCGGAAGCUGUCGAGUGAGAUGUCGUGCCCAGAAGAGGUGGUUGCCUUGGCAGAUGAGGAGCUGCUCAGCUUCCUCCUGGCAGAUGAUGCUCCCUGUGCAGAGUUCUCAGAGAACGAAGCCAACCUGCUGGGAAACUGGGGUCUGCUGGAGCCCGAGCUCCUGAAUGACAAGGAGGUGGAGGACUUUCUCAGCUCCCUGCUGAGCCCCUUUGUAGAGGGGCCGAGUGCCUUGCAGGGUCACUCGCCUCUCGACAGCGAUAGCGGCAUCUCUGAGGACCAGAAUCCCUUCCCCAGCCCCAGCAGCUGGGAUGCGUCUCCGGCCAGGGACCUCACCUCCAGCCCUUUGAGCUCUAACAUCGUGCAGGUCGAACACAGCUACUCUUUCCAUCAGGACAGGGUGGCGCUGGAGAGCGUGAGAGCUGAGACAGCAGAAGGAGACAUCUCCAUUGACCUGGAUAUGUGGGGGAACUCGGUAAGUGCAGAGGAGACCCUGGUCGACGAGCAGAGUUCCAGCUUCCCAGUUGCUGUGCCCUUGGAUGACUUCAUGCUUGGGACCCCUAUACAGUUCGAUUUCCCGGAACUGAUCCUGACAGAAGAGGAGAAACAGCUUCUGGAGAGAGAGGGUGUCUCCUUGCCAUCCCACCUGCCCCUGACCAAGGCUGAGGAGCGGCUCCUGAAGAGAAUCCGUCGAAAGAUCCGGAACAAGCAGUCGGCACUGGACAGUCGGCGCAGGAAGAAGGUCUAUGUGGAUGGCUUGGAGAGCAGGGUCGUCACCUGCAUGGCGCAGAACCAUGAGCUGCAGAAGAAGGUGCAGCUGCUGCAGAAGGAGAAUAUAUCAUUGCUUGAGCAGCUACGGAGACUCCAGGCCAUGGUGAGACAGUCCUCGACCAAAACCACCACCGCCAGCACCUGCAUCAUGGUCCUGCUCCUGUCCUUCUGCCUCAUUCUCUCUCCCAGUCUCUAUCCGCUCGGAGCCAGAGUGCAGCAGGAGGGAUUCCGAGGAGUGCUGUCUCGGCAGAUCCGUGAGUACCCGAGUGACACGGCCCAGUUUCAGGCAGCAGCUGCCCAGCAGGCAGAGGGGCCUGAAACACAGAGGGAGCGCACAAUAGAGGGACUGGCCCUGGAAUCCGAGACGGCCCUGCUGCCGGGCAGCCUCAAUCACUCCCGGGACGGGGGAGAGAGCCCACCCAAAGCGGAGCAUGGCUCUGCCAUCAACAGCAACUCAUCCUCCGACCCUCCACCAGGAGCCAGCUCUGAGCUGGUUCCCCCCCAGCAGCAGCCGGAGCAGCUUCCUGGGAAGGGCCCCCUGCACUCUGUGGAGCCGGCAGCCUGGGGGACUAAGAAGCAGGAGUGGGUGGAGCGCACCACCAGUGUCGUGAUCCAGCAGCACCGUGCAGAUGAGAUGUGAGCACUGGGCGCCUCAUGCUGCCUAGCUCUGAACAUGCGGGGGCCUGGGGCCCUGCCCCAGAGGAAGCCAGGACAGCUCUGACUGAUCCUUAUCGACACACAUGCUUCUAAAUGCCCCUGAGUGGGUUCUGUCUCCCCACCCACCAAACCUGAACUGGGGAGCAGCUGGGCUCGGGGGUAGCAGGAAACGGUUCUAGCUGCAGCAUGGAGGUGGGCACAGCACGGGGAGUUGGUGCUCUUCCCUCUCCAGAUCAAGCACCUGCAUUAUUUAGUUCCCUGCAGCUGGAGUGAGUGGGAAACCACGUGGACUGGGCUGGGCCUGAGUGCCCUUAGCAAGUCCCACAGCUGCAAGAGAUCUGUCCCUUCCAGCAACACAAUGAUUCCCCAUCCUUCAGCUGGACACGCCAAGCCCCUAUGCCCCGGGCUGCUGGCUAGAUGUGGUUCUGCUAAGGGACAGCUCUAAACUUCUCUCAUCGACUUCCCUGCUGCAGAGCCCCAGCUGCUGGUCUUGGCAAGGCUGAGGGCGUCUGCAGGCAGAGGGUCCCUGCCCAGUGCUAUGUGCUGCCUUCCUGCUGAUCACAAUCCUGUGAAGGGGAGGGGUCUGCACUGCUGUAGGGGUGGAGGUGCAGAGAGCCCUGCGGGGUAAUCUCUGCAACAGGGCUUGGGGCUCAUGGCAGCGGGGAGGGCCAGGUCACUGGGGCCUCCUCCGUACAUUGACCUCUGGCCUGCAGUCCUGGGCAGGGGCUGGUGUAACGCGGCUGAGCCCUGGGAUGAGGACUGCCAGCUGAGCCAGCACCAGCCAGGGUCGCCCUCCCACCCACCCCCUAACUGCUACAGUAAUGGCUCUAUUAUAAUAAAGUGUAAAUAAAAUGGACCCUCUGCUGGGCUGUCCCCUGGGGGCAGGUGUCCGUAUAGCCCCACAGCUGCCUCCCAGCCAUGCAAGGGGGGCUCCUCACGAUGCUCCCAGGCUGAGACUUGACCCCUAUUGACCUGGGGCCUGUUCCUGUCCUGCUCCCUCUCCAGGGCAGGGGGUGCUGUGUGUCAGCCUCCUGCAGGCAGCCUUUGCUCUUCCUCCGGGGCCCUUGCUCCCCCCUGUGCGUUUGGAACCUCGCUGUCUGCAGGAUCCCAGGAAGCCAGGCGGAGCCUGAGCCCAGCCCCACCUAUCUGGAGAGGGGAAGUGGGGCUACCCUGUAGCGCCAGCCUCAAGGAGUUUAUCCCACAGAAGGCUCAGGAACAAUGAUCGCACUGGUGGGGUAAGAGGAACUUGAUAAGUCAGGGCCCUUCACUGCACCAGGACCAUUCACACUAGAACGAAGGUGUAAAUGGUGAUAGUGAGAGGAACUACUGCAGCAAUUGCAUAUUGGGGGGUGGUGGAUUCCCCAUCGCUGGAAGUUCUUCAGCCGCCAGGGGGAUGUUUUCCUAAAGGUUCUCUUCAAACCAGGAUUGACUCGUGGGAGUCUUGUGGUCAGAGCAGUGCUGCAGCUGCCUGAGUCACCUGCCCUGCCCCGUUUGCCCCUGGGCGGAUGACAGCUGCUCCUACUCCCCCUCUGGGUCAGUGCCCCAGUGCCUCAGGAACUGACCUCUCCGCUGCCAGCAGGGCUCAGCUUGCUCAGCUGCAGGCUCCCCAUGAAUGCAUGUUCCUAAACUGGCUCUGCCCUGGGAUGUCUGGUAAGGGGAUGGCAGAAGGGGGACCCUGAAAGGGCAGAUUUCCUUCCUACCCAUGGGGUGGGGUUCCUUUUAGGAGCACUCUCCACCCAAUGUGCAUCACCUAGAUAAACCUCCCAAAUGCACCACACCACUUCCCUGGCCUGUCCCUGCCCAACAGAUGCCCUGGCAGAAGGGUGCUAUCUUUCUCCUCUUCAGCUCCUUUCCCCAGGACUUUUCCAAACUGCUGGGCACAGGCUUGGUCAGUUUUUGGCCAGCAGGGAGCCCCGCUUUGGGGAGCUGCCCAUGCUCCAGCAGCUGUAGGGCCCUCUCCCUGGCUUUUUGCCACCAGUUUCCUUGCUGCCUGGUACAUUCCCCUAAGGCAUCGCUGCAGCAGGGAGCAGUCUGGCAUGCCCUAGCUUUGUCCCUGGGGUGGGGGCUGGGAAAGGCUCCGUACCACUGGAGCCCCUGGCUUCCCUACCCCCUGCCAAGGUGUCUUGCUUCCUUCUGGUGGGGUGGGUCCACUCCAGCCCAUUGGGCUCUGGCCCUGCCUUCCCUAACCGAACACAUCAUCUAGCCAGAUGUGUCCCUCAAGGGCUAGUGCCUGUGGUGGGGGUUCUGCAUUACCUGCCGGGGAUCCUGCCCUCCCUGUACACCAACACCAGCCUGAGGCCCCAAGCUGCCCCAUGGCCUCGGUGCCACUCAUCUCUGGUCAGGCCCUUCCCAAGCAUCCUCUGGCAGAGCCUUGGCUAGGGGAUCCUACCUGCGCCCGCCACUCACACCCAGCGGGCCUGGCUCAGCCCAGGGCACCCAGAGGAGCCCAGCUGGGCAGGAGGCCCCUAAAGGACCUGCCCAGCCAGUGGCGGGCUCAGCUACUGUGACGGUGCUGCCCAUGGGAGCCAGCUGAGGUCACUCAAUUAGGGUGAACUGCAGACAAAACGAGGCAGCCAAACCCCAGAUGCUGAUGGUUAUUCCAGUACUUAGAUUUACCAGCCAGCACAGAACAGCUUCUGUAGUACCUCACUGGUUACUCAUAAGUCCAAACCAUGCAGUUCCCUUAAAGUGCCCAGCCUCAGGUCUUUGGCGAGACAUGCGUCCGAUAUGGUGAUGAUUCCUGAAAAUCAUAUAAAAGAAAAGGUUCUUCCAAUUGCAAGGGAUCAGCCACAUACCCAGGUCCAGGUAUAAAACUUAGAUCUUACCCAAAAUACACGCUUAGAGCCAACUCUUAUUAACUAACCUAAAAUUUAUUUAAAGAGAGAGCAGGUUGGUUAAAAGAUCAAUAUGCAGACAGACCCAAAUUCAAUUCUUGAUGUUCAGAUACAUAGCAGAGAUGAGUUUGUAGUUGCCAAAAGUUCUUUUGGAAAUAGUCCAUAGGUUAUAGUCUAAUGUCCAUAUUCAGAGUGAUGCCAGCCAGUGACUGGGGAUCUCAAUCCUUAUGGCUUAAGGUUUCCCCCUCUUGAAAUCCAGAGCAGAUCUGAGGUGAAGUAGAAUCGUAUCCCAGGUUUUUAUAUAUUUCUAGCAGCCUUUUGGUCAGAAAACAAUAGGCUUAACUCCUUCUCCCAAACAUCCCGGC